CUAAGCCGAAGGUUGUCGGAAGGGCCGUCACAUUCCAAGAGAAGUAUUGGGCAAUCGAUUGGCUCCUUGGUAUGAAAGUCCCCUAUUGUAGGCCAGUCAUUUUCUUGCGGGAUGAGAGUGGCGGUUACUACCCUGUUGGGGUAUCAAGACUUACUCAUUUGAUAAGAACAUCCCUGACAAGGAGUACAUGAGAUUCCAUCUCACAACAUGUUUCGACAUCGAUGGUCACGAGGUGUCUGACAACUACAAGCUCAUAUCGCUCCACGUCGAGAAGUUCCAAGGUUUCGACAUGCGCGCUGCAUCAAUGCCACUGUUCGACAAGUCGAAGAAGAAGGAUGUGUUGCAGAUAGUGAUGCUAAGGCCGCUCGAGUUCCUCAAACAUUUUAAUUGUUGUAAAGCGUCGAACCGUAUCGUGACGAUUGACAACAUGCUGAAGUUGUUAACUCCCUUCGUGUCGUUCGACUGUGAGCUUCAAGCCUUCGCAAACAUAGUGCAAUAAGAUGAAGAGGAAAGCUUAGAGGAUGGUUGGGCCCAAGGUGAUGGUGGUGAAGGCAAAGAGGAUGGUGGUCAUGAAGGUGAUGAGACUGAAGAAGAAGAGGAUGAGGAUGCAAGUGGCGAGGAUGUCGAAGAACAGGAAGACAACUACGAAGGCGGAAGCGAAGGAGAUGAAAGUGGGGUGAAUGACAACGACGGCGGGAGUAAUGGUUCACAGAAAAGGCGGGAAGAGUAUUAUCGGGCCACAAGUCAUCACGACCCGUCCGAAGAAGACGGUGUGUUGCAUGUUACACAGAGGUCUGUAUGCAUGUGCAAGAGGAAAAUGAAAGUUGAGAGAACAGAGGAAGAGAAGCGGAGACAAGCUAAGCUCAUCACUCUGCAAGCCUCAAAGGAGGCUUACAAGAAAUCCUUAGAGGCUCAAUCCGCUUAACCAGCCAAGGAAAAGCGUGAGCGCCCUCGAUCUUCCCAGAGACCGAAAAAGAAAGCG